CUCGAGAGCUGUAAAAUAUUUCCAAUCAGAGAGGUCGAGCAUCGAGCCUUUUUUUUCCUGUAUGUGGAUUUUACAAAUACAAGAUUCAUGCUUGACCCAGGGUUGUAUUUCAGUUACUGGGAUAUAUAACUGGACUGUAAAGCCUCGCUGAGAAAAUACCCGGAUAGAACAAUGAAAGGACCGGCGCUGUUGUUUCUCUCUCUUCUGUCCCUCGGCUGCGUAACCGGGCAGGUCAGUUACACGAUACCGGAGGAAAUGGCCAAAGGAUCUUUAGUAGGUAAUAUAGCGCAUGAUUUAGGUUUACAAACCAAACGUCUGGCAUCUGGUAAAGCUCGAAUUUAUACCCGAGGAAGUGACGAGUACAUCGAGCUGAACAGAGAAAGAGGAGUCCUCCUUGUCAAAGAGAGAAUCGACAGAGAGGCGCUCUGCAAACAGACGACGCCGUGCGCUUUGCAUUUUCAGAUCAUUUUAGAGAAUCCUAUGGAAUUUUACAGUGUGACAAUACUGAUCCAGGACCAGAACGACAACCCCCCUCAGGUUCUGUACCCAGUCCAGACUGGUGCCUCUCUGGUGGCUGAAAUGGUGCCUCGUUCAGCAGAUGUGGGCUAUCUGGUCACUAAAGUGGUGGCUGUUGAUGUGGACUCUGGACAGAAUGCCUGGCUCUCCUAUAAACUGCAGAAAGCCACAGACAGGGCGCUGUUUGAAGUGGGCUCACAGAAUGGAGAAAUAAGAACUAUCCGCCAAGUCACUGAUAAAGACGCAGUGAAACAAAGACUGAGUGUUAUAGUGGAGGACAACGGACAGCCCUCUCGUUCAGCUACAGUCGUUGUUAACGUGGCGGUGGCGGACAGCUUUCCGGAAGUGCUGUCGGAGUUCACUGACUUUACGCACGACAAGGAGUACAACGACAACCUGACUUUUUACUUAGUGCUGGCUCUGGCUGUAGUGUCUUUCCUCUUCAUCACGUGUGUAGUGGUUAUUAUCUCAGUGAAAAUCUACAGGUGGAGACAGUCUCGCGUCCUGUAUCACUCCAACCUCCCUGUGAUUCCAUAUUAUCCACCACGUUACUCAGACACUUUGGGGACAGGGACUCUCCAGCACGUGUACAAUUACGAGGUGUGCAGGACGACUGACUCCAGAAAGAGUGACUGUAAGCUCGGCGGAGCUGGUAGUCAGAAUGUGCUGAUAAUGGACCCAAGUUCUACAGGGACGAUGCAGCGGAUUCAGAGUGAAAAGAGCAUCCUGGACGAACCAGACUCUCCUCUGGAGUUGCAGACCUACUCCUUUAGCUCAGCUUGCUGA